AUGUUACCCGAUGCUGUUUAUGCUCCUAGUUGCUAUGCUGAAGGAACAGGGCUAAGCAGCACGGCCAAGACCCAGACAUCAACAAUUUCAAUCGUUCAGUCUGAUAAAUACGGAAAUGUCAUCACCAGCGACUUGUCAAGAUUCACAUGGUACAUCAAUCAGGGACAAAAGACAGAUGCAACAUUCGAAGGAAAUGGAAUUUACACUUUCAGCUACGUGCUUUCAAGUCUGGGGUUUUAUCAAUUAUCCGUCAUCCUAACCGAGGUAUGUGUAACACCGGAUACCUGUACCCCUGAUGGGCGAGGAAUUCUCAAGAGUCCUUUUAGAGUGGAAUGCAUCAGCAACGUCGGACCAGUUUCUCCUCUAGAAUCGACAAUGGUCGGCAGCUCAUACAUGUUUCGAAGUGCUGAUUCUGUAGAUCCAAUCGUGGUCCAAACCAGGGAUAGCUCAGGAUUGCCGCUCUUGGGAGAAGAUGUUCAGAUACAAGGAGUCAAAAUCAAUGUUAGGGUUUCUUCGUCCAGCAUUCCAGUGAUCGACAACAACGAUGGAACAUUUUCGUUUGUCCCGCGAUUGUCAACCGCUGGAAUAUUUGUCGUAUGGGCAAACAAUUCGAUCACAUUUGCACCAACUCGCGUUGAUGAUGUGCAGUCCAAGGACUCUUUCGGCAACAAUUUGACAACUGGAGGCCUUUUCUUCAAUGUUCUCAUCGGCGGACCACCGUUUCUUUUCGCAAAUGUGGAAGACUUGAAUAAUCCAUCUUCUUCUGCUGUUUCUCCACAGUACAAUGGGCAAUAUGUCGUUACCUAUAGGACCACUGUUAGUGCGGACUAUUACAAGGUCUCCAUCAGGAGAAGUGGCAUUCACAUAUUGGGAAGUCCAUACUCGUUGAGAGUGACUGGUGGGAUCACCUGGGUCUUCAGCUCGUUCUGGAUCCUCACUAGGGAUGAGUUCAACAACAAUGUGGUGGACGGAACAGAUGUAUUCGUCGUAUUAUUCAGCCCAGAUUUGGCAAGAGACUCCAACGAUACUGCAAUCACUCCGUGGGUGAACGCAUCGAAGGGUAUGUCAUUACAAAGGCUGGAUUAUACAGUAUCUCGGUCUCUGUGA